AUGUUAGUUGUGACCGCCACCCGUAAGCCACCGGGUCACGACGGGCAAAGCUUGGCAAUCGCAAAGGGGGGGGGGGGGGGGGGGGGGGGGGGGUUGGGGUGUGGGGGGGGGGGGGGGGGGGGGGGGGGGGGGGGGGGGGGGGGGGGGGGGGGGGGGGGGGGGGGGGGGGGGGGGGGGGGGGGGGGGGGGGGGGGGGGGGGGGGGGGGGGGGGGGGGGGGGGGGGGGGGGGGGGGGGGGGGGGGGGGGGGGGGGGGGGGGGGGGGGGGGGGGGGGGGGGGGGGGGGGGGGGGGGGGGGGGGGGGGGGGGGGGGGGGGGGGGGGGGGGGGGGGGGGGGGGGGGGGGGGGGGGGGGGGGGGGGGGGGGGGGGGGGGGGGGGGGGGGGGGGGGGGGGGGGGGGGGGGGGGGGGGGGGGGGGGGGGGGGGGGGGGGGGGGGGGGGGGGGGGGGGGGGGGGGUGGGGGGUGGGGGGGGGGGUGGGGUGGGGGGGGGGGGGGGGGUUGGUGGGGUGGGGGGGGUGGGUGGGGGGGGGGUGGGGGGGGGGGGGGUGGGGGGGGGGGGGGGUGGUGUGGGGGGGGGUGUGGUUUGUGGGUUGGGGGUGGUUGGUGUGGGGGGAUGGAUUGAGACGGUCUAAAGUGGAAAUAAGGGAAAUGGACGAUUAG